CGCUGCGCUGCUGCUGCUGUUUUAGAGUAGCUUCAGUCCGCUAUAGCGCGUAUAGCCGAGCAGAGAGCAGCAGCAUUAUCGUGUUGUCAUAGCAGUUGCGUGUGCUGCAGUGUGCAUUUUAUCAUCGUUAUUGAAUAAAAACUCGCCGCGCUAAAGAGUACUGCCAAGCCGAAAAGAGCUGCAUCCGACCUGUGUAACAAUAACUCUUUUUUGUAACCUUUUUCGGACAGGCAGUGUGUCGUCGGUGAUUGUGCGAAACAAGAAAAAAAAAAGAAAAAAAAACGGAGUCGAGUAUUGUAUUUUAUCGCGCGAAGGGAGGCACACGGUCGUCGAGAGUCGUGCAUCACAGUGAGUGCGUGUGAAUUGGCAACGUGUUGAGUGCGUGCAUUUUUAGUAUAUAUACACGACGCGCUCGUGUCGCGAUCGAGCCUAUUAUAACGCCGCGCGCGCGAGGCUCUCGAGGAAACGAGGUAUCGAAAUUAUUUCGUCCAAUCGAAAUAAUUACAUCGUAUACACAGCAUCUUCUUGGGAGCGAGUCGCGCCCGUCCACCACCACCACCCAUAUAUAUAUAUAUUCGCGGACGAGCUGAAGCACAGCAGCUUGUAUCGGGGCGUUAGCACGAAUCAAAACACACGCACACACGGACAGACAUACACGGCAUAUAAAAUGGGAAACAUGGUGUCAUCGACCGUGGGCGACGUCGUUCACUCGACGCUUACGCUCUUCGCUCUCAGGGUGGCUUGGCUCCUGCAGCUCUCCUUCGACCCCACGUACAGCCUAGUCGAAGGAAGAGACGACACGGUCGUGCCGCCGCGCAAGAAGCAACAAAUUACCGCCACAGAUUCCACGGACCAAAAAGCCGCCAACAACGAGGAACAACAACAACAGCAACAACAACAGUCGCCGCACCAGAGCUGCAGCUCGCCACAGCUCAGCAAUGCACAAGCAAAACGACAAAGCUACGCGCACAGCCGAGGAGUCGUCGAAACGAACUCGGACGGCAAUCCACAGCAGCAGCGCAGACACACGACGACGACGUCGCUGCACCAGCUCAAUCGACAGACGAGACGACAGCAGCUGAAGAGCAAGACGCUGCCGUCGAGCUUCGACGCGUCGCUCCUGAGAUCGGCCGCGGAGGCGACGGCCGCCGCGUCGGCGGCCCAUUGCACGGUCCUCGGCAACUCGUCGGCCAUAAUGCAGAGACCCGCCGCCUGGGAACUGAGCCUGUCGUCGUCCGGCUGCUCGUCGAAUUCCUCGGCAUCCUCCAUGGAGUCUGCAGAUUCGGAUUCCGAGACGGCCCUCAGAGUGUCUAUCAACACGUCGACGAACGAGCUCCAGGACGAGAAGGCCACCAAGUGCAUGAUCGCGGCCGAGAAGGAGGCCUUCCGACGCACCUGCGCCCGCGGCUACUUCACGCGCUCCAAGAAGGACCGAUUUCUCAAUCAUCUCAGGAUGGAGAAGCGUCUCAACGAUCACAAUCUCGAGGCUUUCGGCAUAGCCCUCAAGAGGCACACGCUUCCCCGAUGCAGCGGCUCGGAGCUGCAACGACUCGUCUGAUACAGAAGCACAAUUUUUUUUUUAUCGUUAUUAUUCGCCUUCGAGUGUGUUUUGUUUAACGUGAAUGUCGAUGAUGAUGAAAACAAUAAUAGUGUAACCGAAAAAAAAAACUACCCGAGAUACCUUAUUAAAAACAAGAGCUCUCUUAUUACAAACUGCCGCUUCAAUUGCGUUUGUACUUAAUAUACUUGUUUUUUUUUAAAUUUUAUCUUUUUCACAUUCGACAACAAACAAAUCAUUCGCGAAUAAUGAGAAUCGAAUAGCCUUCUCAUUAUUGACGCAAAGGUAGUUUUUAAUACAAAAGAGUAAACAGUCAGUAGCCGACGCACAAUGAUCUUUUUUUUUACAUAUUAAGUACGUUAUCGAGCGUAAAAGACAAUCAAAUAAUAAUCAAUUUAUAAAAAGCCUAUAUUUUUUCCGGAAGCGUGAGCGAUUCUGUCUUUUUUUUGUAAACAAAGUAUGAACGUGUAUUGAAAUAAACUAGUCCGAGUGCAUGGAUACAUAGCGCGUAAUACAUAAUAACGUCAAUUCUUCCGACACAAGAAUUUAUUUCGUUCUCCGCGGCUAUAAUAUGAAAAUUGUUAUGAACAAACCGCAGCAGCCGCUUCGCCGAUAGAAAGAGCGAGAGAAAAUAUAAUCAAAUUGAAACAUUGUAGUUAUUUACGAGCCUAGAUAAGAUUGAUGAAUAGUUUGUAAGAGCUAAUAAUACAGAGCAUUGCGGGAUAAUGUUACAUGUAUAUCUGAAAAA